CCCUCCACCACCUCCCUUCAUUUUAUCAUGUCUGCCGAUCUUCUCGUCCCGGAGACCAGGGUCUUGGCUGUCGCCAGCCAUGUCGUCUACGGAUAUGUGGGAAACAAGAUGGCCAGCGUGGUCAUGCAGCUGCUGGGCUGUGACGUUGCCGCCUUGAACACCGUCCACUUCAGCAAUCACACCGGCUACAGGCAAUUCAAAGGCACCCGGGCCACGGCGGACGAGAUCACCGCGCUCUAUGAGGGCCUCACUCAGAGCAACCUGCUCGACUUUGACGUCAUGCUCUCAGGCUAUGCACCCAGCGCAGCCGCAGUUGAAGCUGUCGGGGCCAUCGGCAUGGACCUACAGCGCAAAGCCGCAAAGGACCCCGGAUCGUUCUUCUGGAUCCUGGACCCCGUAAUGGGCGACCAAGGCCGUCUCUACGUCAACGACGAGGUUGUCCCAGCCUACAAGAACAUCAUCCGCUACGCAGACCUAAUCCUCCCCAACCAAUUCGAAGCCGAAGUCCUCUCCGGCAUCAAAAUCACCUCUCUCGCCACCCUCGCCGACGCCAUCACCGCCAUCCACGCCACCUACAACGUCCCGCACGUGAUCAUCACCUCCGUACAAAUCGCCAACCUCUCCGACUCUCCCUCCCCCAAUACUCUCACCAUUAUCGGCUCGACCACUCGCUCCAACGGCUCCCCACGCCUCUUCCGUGUCGACGUCCCAGCCCUGGACUGCUACUUCAGCGGCACCGGCGACAUGUUCGCCGCGCUCACAGUUGCCCGAUUCCGCGAGGCCGUGUUCAACGCCGAUCCCGCCCUCCGCACCACCCAGUCAUGGGUUUCCCCGGACGACGUUCCAGCGACAGAAUUGCCCCUCGCCAAAUCGACCGUGAAGGUCCUAGCAAGUAUGCACAGAGUGCUAGAGAAGACCCUGGAGGCGCGGGACGCCGAGCUGCGCGCCAUUAUCCCCGACGAGAGCGAGCAGCUGCUCAGCGAAUCGGAGCGGAAGAAGAAGGAACAUCUACGGGAGAGCAAAGCCGCCGAGGUGCGGGUGGUGCGCCAUGCGCAGUAUCUGCGAGAGCCGGAUGUCGAAUUCCAGGCGAGUGAGUGGCGAGCGGAGGAUCUACCUGAGCGGUUUCGCUGAUACGCUCAGUGUGGGGGUAUUUACGGGGUAACGUACAUAGAUUAUAGACGAGGUGGGUGGCGGAGGGGGGUUGAUCGUUUUCGGGUAUAUUCUUAUACUACUAUAGUUCCUGGCCUGCAGACAACGGUCACCUGAGGCUUUGGGGGGAAGCUACCUUAGAGUUGCUCAGUGCUAACGCGCUUGAUAAAGUACUGAAAUUGAUUCCCUU